AUGACUAAUAUAUUAAGUUUUCUCACAUUGAUCAAUGUGAUUAAUGUUCACUUUUAUUUCGUGCAUGGAUUCCCGAAAUCGGACGUCGAUAAUUUUUACAAUGGUGCUAGCUAUCCAUUUCCAUACUUUACUCGGGACGAAUGGGAAGCAGACAUCCCUAUGAAUGUUAAACCUCUAGCCAAACCGGUACCUUACGUGGUCAUCCAUCAUACCUACAUACCGAGUGCUUGCAACACAUCCGAGGAGUGUUUCAGGGCAAUGAGGUCCAUGCAGAAUUAUCACAACAGCUUAGGCUGGGGGGACAUUGGAUAUAAUUAUUGCAUCGGUAGCAUGGGUGGCGUAUACGAAGGACGUGGCUGGAACAGCAUUGGCAUCCACGCCGGGCGCGCUAAUAAUUUUAGCGUCGGCAUUUGUUUAAUUGGCGACUGGAGAGUGGCAACACCACCUGAAGAAAUGUUGGAGACAACAAAGAAACUUAUAUCUGUUGGUGUUGAAAAUGGAUCUAUCAGUCCUGUUUAUAAGCUCGUCGGACAUAACCAGACCAUGGCUACCGAGUGUCCAGGGCCAGCUCUCUUUAACAUAAUUUCAAAAUGGGACCAUUACACAAAAGAAAUCUUGAAAUUUUAA